AUGGCUUGGUGUUAUAUGGAAGUGUUGAUAGACAGAAGCCUAGUGGAAGCAGUGAGAAGAGAGAGAGGAAAAGUGAUGUCUUGUAGAAUCCAUGAUCUUCUAAGAGACGUGGCCAUCAAGAAAGCAAGAGAGCUCAACUUUGUACAUAUAUAUAAAGACCAUCAUUCUUCCCCUACUUGCAGAAGGGAAGCAGUUCACCAUCGUAUGGAUCCCUACUCGUGCGAGAUACGUGUGAACAAACGGAUGCGAUCCUUCUUGUUCUUCGGAGAAAGAAAUGGAACAAUGUGGGGUUUGACAAAACACAUUACCUUGAAACUGAAGUUACUUCGAGUGCUUCAUCUUGGAGGGCUUCAUGUACCAGAUGUGAUCGGAGAAUUAAUCCACUUGAGAUACCUUGGGAUCGCUGAUACAUGUAUCAGCAAUUUGCCAGUUUUUAUCUCCAACCUACGGUUUUUGCAGACCCUAGAUGACUCAGGCAAUGACUCCUUUAGACAAGUAAUUGAUCUCCGCUCGCUCACAUCACUGAGGCAUCUCAUGGGAAGAUUCGCUGGCGAUUUGCUAAUAGGAAAUGCAGUAAACCUUCAGACCUUGAGGUCUAUAUCUCCUCCUACAGCUGGAGCAAACUGA